AUGUCGUCGUCCUCGGGUGUCAAACUCGCCAUCCUUGACGACUACGCGGCCAUCUCGUCGGCGCAUUUCCAACCCCUCGCCUCGCGAAUCCAGAUCGACUCGUUCCCCCAGACUCUGCAGGCCCGGGUCCCAUCGGAGCAUGACGCCCUGGUUGCCCGUCUGAAACCAUACACCAUCAUCAGCACGAUGCGCGAACGGACACAGUUUCCACGCUCCGUGCUCAGUGAGCUGCCUAACCUCAAGCUCCUGCUCACGACGGGCAUGCGGAACGCGGCUAUCGACACAGCGGCGUGCAAGGACCUGGGCAUCACCCUCGUGGGCACGGGUCCCAAGCGCAACGCGACCAAGGGCUAUGACGCCACUAACGAGAUGACGUGGGCCCUGAUCUUGGGGUUAGCCAAGGACGUGGCGCGCGGGGAUGCCGUCGUCAAAGGUGGGCCGUCGGCCACGUCGAACCAUGACCCGAACGCCCACGUCGGCGGAUGGCAGACGACGUUGACGUUCGGGCUCGCGGGCAAGACCCUGGGUCUUCUGGGGCUCGGCAAGCUCGGCACGCAGUGCGCGGUCACGGGACACUUGGGCUUCGGGAUGAAAGUUAUUGCGUGGUCGUCGUCGCUCACGCAGGAGAAAGCAGACGAGGCGGCGCAGGGGCGAGGAUUACCCAAGGGCACGUUCCGUGUGGUUGGGAGCAAGAAGGACCUCUUUGAGCAGGCGGACGUGUUGAGCGUGCAUUACGUCCUGUCCGACCGGUCGAGGGGCAUCGUGGGCAAGGACGAGCUGGGCAGCAUGAAGAGGAACUCACUGCUCGUGAACACGUCGCGCGGGCCAUUGAUUGAUGAGGCCGCGCUCGUUGAGGCGCUCGAGGCCAGUAAGAUCCGUGGCGCGGGGCUCGACGUCUAUGGUGUGGAGCCUUUGCCUAAGGAGAGUCCCUGGCGGAGGAGCGGAUACUGGGGCGAAGAGGGGCGGAGUACGGUGCUGCUGAGUCCGCAUAUGGGCUAUGUUGAGGAGGAGACGAUGCACGAUUGGUAUGAGCAGCAGGCUCAAGCUAUCAAGGCGUGGCUUGACAAGGAGGAGGUCAAGGGGAUCAUUCAAUGA